AAAUCUCGCCUGAGGUGAAUUUAAAUUUAAUAACAUAUUAAAUUAAAUAAAUCGUAUAUCUAUAAUUAUCUUUAGCAUUGCAAGUUGUAGAACUUUGUAAAGUUUAUAUCAUGAAAAAUAAACAGGCGAAAAAGGGCUCUGAAAAUAAUGAAAAAGAUAGAAAAAAAAGUGGAAGUUCCUCACUGUUGUCGUUUGGCAAAAUAUUCUUUCUCUUAAAUUUGGGAGUAGGCUUGCUUGCAGUCUAUAUUUAUAAAGAGUACUUGUCGCCACCAAAUGUGCCUGACGUAGAUUUAAAUGCCUAUUGGGGAUCAUACCCCAUGAAUCCCAAGCCUGACAAGUCUAUAAGAAAAUAUGAGGUGGAAUUUUCUGAUGUGAUGGCGAAUGAUUUAAGAGAAAGACUGCUACACCGAAGACCAUUUCCUCCACCUUUAGAAGAUGCCGGAUUCCAAUACGGCUUCAACUCAAACUUCCUCUCUCGGGUGCUAGAUUAUUGGCAGAACAACUACAAUUUUAAGGAGAGAGAGCAGUUCUUCAACAGAUAUGACCAUUUUAUGACCAACAUACAGGGACUGGACAUACAUUAUAUUCAUGUAAAACCAAAUGUAGAUGCAGGUGUUGAGGUGGUCCCGAUAUUACUGCUGCAUGGAUGGCCAGGUUCAAUUCGCGAGUUUUACGAGAUAAUACCAAAACUGAUCUCCAAACGACCUUCUCAUAACUUUGUCUUUGAAGUUAUUAUACCUAGCCUGCCAGGCUUUGGAUUUUCUCAGGCCCCAUCCCGGCCGGGUCUAGGUCCGACCGAGGUAGCAGUAAUUCUCGCUAACCUAAUGAAGCGCAUCGGCAUAGACAAGUACUACAUACAGGGCGGCGACGCGGGACACGCCAUCGGCUCCAUCAUGGCCACUCUCUUCCAAACCGAAGUCCUCGGGUUCCACACAAACAUGCCGGUCAUGUUCUUUGGUGUCCUGGCUAACCUAUACACUACUUUAGGUUCUCUAUGGCCGAGUUUGAUAGUGGAGCCGGAGCUCCAGAGUCGCCUGUACCCGCAGCAUGUACACCUGAUGCAUCAAAUUGAGGAGUCCGGAUACUUCCAUAUACAGGCUACCAAACCUGAUACCGUUGGUAUAGGUCUAACGGACUCUCCCGCUGGGUUAGCUGCAUACAUCCUCGAGAAAUUUUCCACCUGGACCAACAAAGACUUUAGGAAAGCGAGUGAUGGUAAUCUAUUAAGCAAGUUCACGUUGACUCAUCUCAUAGACAAUCUCAUGGUGUACUGGUCUACCAACAGCAUCACGACAUCAAUGAGGUUGUAUGCGGAGACAGCUAACAAGAGAUUCCUGUCCAUGAGAUUCGAUGACAUUCCAACAAAUGUGCCGACAUGGGGUAUUAAGUUCAAACACGAGUUAGCGUUCUACCCUGACUGUGUCCUCAAGUUGAAAUACAAGAACUACCUCCACUCUACUGUCGUAGAGGAUGGAGGUCAUUUCGCAGCCCUAGAAAUGCCUGACGUACUAGCUGACGAUAUAUUCGAGGCUGUGGACACUUUCCAACUAUUCCAUAGUAGCGGAAAGAAACCGCAAAAUAUCCAGCAGCCCGACUUCGAAACGGCCAAAUCAAUAUACGACUUUACAGUAAGAGACAUGUACGGUCGCGACAUUAAACUAGACAAGUACAAGGGAAAGGUAGUGCUGAUCGUCAAUGUGGCGUCGCAGUGCGGUCUCACGGACAGAAACUAUCAUCAGUUGAACGAGCUGUAUCAAAAGUACGCGGCUAGCCACGACCUGCGUAUACUAGCCUUCCCCUGCAACCAAUUCAAUGGCCAGGAACCGGGAUCCCCCAAGGAGAUCCUCAACUUCAUCAAAGAGAGGGGCGUGAAGUUUGACGUAUUCGAAAAGAUCGAAGUCAACGGUGAAAAUGCACAUCCACUAUGGAAAUACUUAAAACGCACCAAAAGCGGGACAUUCGGAGACUCCAUCAAAUGGAACUUCUCCAAAUUUAUAGUUGAUAAGAAUGGCGUCCCCGUGGAACGGUUUGGACCUAACGAAGAUCCUAUCAACUUAGAACCAUACUUGGCCAAAUAUUGGUAAUUUUUACUGC